AAGAAGAUAUUAUUGCCACUAAUCAGCAUAACAAUUUGAUAUAUCGCAUAAUUUUACGGUGUGAAAGAUUAAAUUAUUAUUUAGGACUAAAUAAAAUUUCCGGCAUUCUCUUUCGUGAUAUUAUCCACAACGAAAAAAGAGGAUUGCAAAAAUCAAUCGAUCAAAUAAUAUACGGCUCAACUUAUAAGCAAAGCAAUGUCAAAAGUCUGCUGCAAGGUUUAAGUGGCAAAGAGGGCAUACUUCGUCGUUACUCAUUGGGAAAAAGAGUGGAUUACUCGGCUCGUUCGGUAAUUGUCCCUAAUCCUAGUUUGUUCCUGGAUCAAAUAGGGUUGCCGGUCAAAAUGGCUCUGACUCUUUGCAAACCUUUCGUUAUCCACCGGGUAUUAAAAGAAAAAAUCGCUUUUACUAUUAAGGAAGCCGAACAAAUGCUGCAGCAGGAGAACCCGCGUAUUUUUCCUCUGCUAGCCGAGAUCGUUCAGGAGCGUCUGGUUAUAGUUAACCGCGCCCCCAGUUUGCAUGGACCAAGUCUCCAAGCCGUCCGUAUAGUGUUGACUUUAGGACAUUCAAUCGAACUUCACCCACUAAUAACUACGGCUCUAAAUGCCGACUUUGACGGCGACCAAGUGGCCAUUUACAUGAUUCUAACCGAAAAAGCACGCAAAGAGGCUGAGGAACUUUUUCUUUCUUCUCAUCUCAUUAUUGACCGAAAGAACGGUCAAUUGUUAGCAACACCCAGCCAAGACAUGAUUUUGGGCGUUCAUUAUUUAACCAAAGAGGAAAAAAAACCAAAAGUAAUUUUUUUCAACGAAAUAGGCAACAUUUACAAAAGUCGGGAAAAAGGAAAAAUAAGCCUUCACGACUUAGUUGCUAUCCCUGCUCCUCUUGCUGGUCGUCACUUAGCCACGGCGCAGAACCAGUUCCUCUUUACCACUUUGGGAAAAAUUAUUUUCAACCGAAUUUUACCGUCUAGUUUUCCCUACUACAUUAAUGACUUAAAAGCCUAUAAUGAGGAAAGUAAUCAAGAAAUUGAUCUAGUUGAAGUAGACAAAAUUGCCAAAAAAUGA